ACUAGCAAUAUGUCUGUUUGAUGUAUCAGAUGGAAAACUGAUAUAUUAGUUAAGAAUUCUGCUCCAUUUUGCUCCAUAUUGACAAUAUGGCGAGUUGCCUACUUAGGUAGGUUGAGGGGUUUAAAUAAUGCUCAGUUGGUAUUACUUGGCCCAAAGUGUGCCAAGAACAUAUUCACCACAGCAUUACAUCAUUGGCACUCUGAACUUGAUAAAAGGCAGGACUCAGUCAUACUUUCAUGUUGUUGUAUCUAUUUUCAGUAGCUCCCUGCAGGCAGGCAAAGAGUGUGAAACUGCAGCACCUGCCAAGCAGGUCGACUCAUGGAGCGAUGCCCAGAUGAAGCCAAAUGAAACCUUAAAGCUCUCCAUCAAAGUGGUUGGAAAAAAAAGUUGAAUUUCUUCAGGCUUCUUGUGUACACAAGCCCUUCUGCUGGAGGUUUCUUCCUGUUAAAAGGAUUUUUUUCCUUCCCACUGUCGCCAAAGCGCUUACUCAUAGGUGGUCUUCUGUUGUUGGGGUUUUCUCUGUUUUCUCAUUAUUAUAGUAGGGUAUUGCCUUAAAAUAUAAAGCGCCAUGAGGCAAAAGUUGUGAUUUGGCGUUAUAUAAAUUCCAGCAACGUGCAGUCGGGAUCUUGAAGGACUGCACAGCAGUAUGUCUUACAUGGGUGAAAACCCCAAUGUUAGGUCUUUUUAUUUGUUACUUUUGUAAAAGAAAAAAAAAAGAUAUCUUAUAAAAGUAACUUUCAGUUUCACAGCACUCUGAAUACUCCCUUUCCUGGAAUUAAGCACACCACCUGUCUAAGCCUCCCUCUGUUUACAGACUCUUUACCCCGGGCAUUAGGCAUACCCUCUCUUAUCACAUUCAUAUGAUAAGUUGCAAAACAGGAAAUUUCCAUACGCUUCAGAUCAAAUAAUGAACAAAAAGAUUUAGUUUCUUUAACUUUUCCUUUUUCUUCCUUUUUUUGUGUUUUAUGUGUCAAACAUAGAAAAUGAAAUAAACACGUCAGCAGAUUUUUUUCAAUGCUACUGCUCUCUAGCACCACUGUUCUUUCUCUCUGUAACAGGGCGGCCCUUAGCAGCUGGAAUCACAGUGAGAUGGAGCAAGGCAAGUGCAGGGGGACAAGUAGUAUUUAUUUGUCAUACAGCUCUCCUUACAAACAAUUCACUCCCCAUCUAAUGACAACUGGCAGCCUUAAAUACCUUCACCUUCAACAGUGUGUCUGUUAUCUCUGCUUAAUGGAUGAACACAAAGACCAUGUCACAGUGUCAGCUGCAGUAGAAAGAGCUGAGAAACAGAAAGAGCUUGAAUUGAAUCGACAAAAUGUCCAACAGAGAAUCCCGAACAGAGAGAAAGAUGUGAAGGUGCUUCAAGAGGAAGUUGAGGCUAUCAGUCUUUCUUCCAGUAAAGCUUUGAGGCAAAGUGUGAAGAUGUUCAAAGACUUGAUCAGUCUUAUUGAGGGAAAAAAAGCUCUGAGCUGAAGCAGAAGAUCAGAUCCAAACAAAAAGCUGAACAGAACAGAGUCAGAGCUUCAGGAGAAUGUUACUAAUAUUUAGUAUUACUAAUCUUAUUCAUAGUAAAUUGUUGAGUAACAGUUUCCAAUGUAAACAUACAAUUACAAUUCUGUUUUCAUCUGAAACACUUUCAGUUUCACAUCAAUCUGAAUACUCCCUUUCCUGGAAUGAAGCACACCUUGUUAAGCCCCUCCCUGUUUAUAGACUGUUCAUCUCAGAUAUUACUGAUCUGCAGGUCAUGUAAUAAGAUCCAAAACAGAACAUUUUCAUAUGCUUUAGAUCAGUGUCUCUGCAUUAAGGAGACAAAAACAGGUUUUAACUGGAAACAGAAAGUAAGACGUCAUUUGAAUGAGGAGAAAUGAAACGGCAAGUAAUUGAGCUGCAUCGAGAGAAACUGAGCUGUUCCAUCUGUCAGGAACUUCUAAAGGAUCCAGUCACUAUUCCCUGUGGGCACAGCUACUACAUGAUCUUUAUUAAAACCUACUGUAAAAACUACUAACUACUAAAAACUAAUUGACUGCCAUUAUUCAUUUGUGGUGUCUGGCAAAAUGAGCUCAGGACAAAGCACAAAAUGUAUUUAAAGGUCCUUUACUAUUCUUUGUUAUUCUGAACAAAUUGAAUUCUUAAAAAACAAAACUUUACAGUGAAAAUUAUCCUCUGAAUGAGUCCAUUAACAGUUACAGUUGAGUGGUUUCCUGUUUAAAUCAAAACACAUAACUCACAUUAACUAGAAGAAAACUCACAGCCCUUAUACUUAUUAGAUAGAAAAUAUACACAAUACCCACUAACAAAUGCACUGCUGAAAUGGUCAGAACAGUACUGUAUCAAAUUACAAGAACAAUCUGUCUACUCCCUUUCCUGGAAUAAAGCACACGUGUCUAAGCCCCACUCAGUUUAUAGACUGCUCACCUCAAACAUUAGUCACACCCUACGCUCAUGUCAGUUUCUACAUCGAAGAAACGAAAGCAGCUUUUAUCUGGUAACUGAAAGUGAAAUGUCACAGAUCUCCCUCAAAAGGAUAAUGGGUUUGAAUUUCAGUGCAUAUUUGCAUCCGGUAACAGAAAGGAAAUCUUUUAGACAUUUACAGUCGUGGUGAGGAGACAUGGCGCAGCAAGGGAUUCAGCUGGAUCAAGACAAACUGAGCUGUUCCAUCUGUCUGCAGCUUCUAAAGGAUCCAGUCACUAUUCCCUGUGGGCACAACUACUGCAUGGACUGUAUCAGAAAAUGCUGGGAUGAGAAGGAAGUACACAGCUGCCCUCAGUGCAGGCAGAUUUUCACACCAAGGCCUGUCCUGGUGAAAAACGGCAUGCUUGCUGAGUUAGUGGAAGAUCUAAAGAAAGAGGAACGUCCGACAGCUUCAUCUGAUCAUGCCUACGCUGGACCUGGAGAUGUGGCCUGUGAUUUCUGUUCUGGGAGGAAGCGGAAAGCCUCCAAGUCCUGCCUGGUGUGUAUGGCUUCUUACUGUGAGCAUCACCUUCAGCCUCACUACAGCGUAGCUCCAAUAAAGAAACACAAACUCAUCAAAGCCACUUCAAAGCUUCAGGAGAACAUCUGCCCUCGCCAUGAUGAGGUGAUGAAGAUCUUCUGCCGCACUGAUCAGCAGUGUAUCUGUUAUCUCUGCUUAAUGGAUGAACACAAAGACCAUGUCACAGUGUCAGCUGCAGCAGAAAGAGCUGGGAGGCAGAAAGGGCUUGGACGAAAUCGGCAAAAAUUUCUUCAAAGAGUUCAGAACAGAGAGAAAGAUGUGAAGAUGCUUCAUGAAAGAGUGGAGGCUAUCAAUCUUUCUGCUGAUAAAGCUUUGAGGCAAUCUGAGAAGAUGUUCAAAGACUUGAUCAGUCUCAUUGAGAAAAAAAGCUCUGAGGUGAAGCAGAAGAUCAGAUCCAAGCAAAAAUCUGAACAGAACAGAGUCAAAGAGCUUCAGGAGAAAAUAGAGCAGGAGAUCAGAGAUCUGAGGAGGAGAGACACUGAACUGCAGCAGCUCUCACUGACUGAGGAUCACCUCCAUUUUCUGAAAAACUACUCCUCACUGUCACAUCUGAGUGAAUCUACAAACGUACCCACUUACAACAAUCUUACUCUGCAGUACUUUGAUGAUGUGACUGCAGCUGUGUCACGGGCCAGAGAUAAAGUGAAGGCUCUUCUCAGUGAGGAAUGGCCCAAAAUCUCAGUUGGAACAACCAAAGCAGAUAUUUUACUGCCUCAAGGAGAACCCAAAACCAGAGACGACUUUUUGAAAUAUUCUUGUCAGAUCACUCUCGAUCCAAAUACAGCACACACACUGUUGUCACUGAGUGACAGCAACAGAAAAGUAACACUGAUGAGCAGAAACCAGUCAUAUCCAAGUCACCCAGACAAAUUCCUUGAAUGGUGGCAGGUCCUGAGCAGAGAGGGUCUGACUGGACGCUGUUACUGGGAGGUGAAAUGCAACGGGAUGGUUGGAGUAGCUGUUGCAUACAAGGAUAUCGGCCAUAGAGGGACCAAGGAGGAAUGUGGAUUUGGACUAAAUGACAAAUCCUGGGCGUUAACAGUUUCAGUCAGCGGUUAUGAAUUCACACACAACAACAUUCCCACUCCCAUCCCAGGCCCUCAGUCCUCCAGAAUAGGAGUAUAUUUGGAUCACGGGGCAGGAACUCUUUCUUUCUACAGCAUCACUGAGACCAUGAAUCUCCUCCACAGAGUCCAGACCAGGUUCACUCAGCCUCUCUAUGUUGGACUGUGGCUUCCACAAAGUGCUGGACACACUGCUGAGGUGUGUGAGCUCAAGAAGAGAAUAAACAUAAAACAGUGAAAUUUGAUGCCAUGUGCUACUUGUUGAGAUGUGUUUAUCUAUCCUGCACCUGUUAAAGAUGAAUCUUUAUGGAUAUAAGUAUAUUCUUUAAUUUCUUUGAUUGUCUUGUUUUCAAUAGCUAUUUGGGUAAAACGGUUUAUUUGGCAAAAACAAUAUUCAUUUCUUAUAUAGUUUAUAUUUAACCACUGUUUUGUUGUAACAUUAGCAAAAAAAAAAAAAAAAAAAUCCAAAUAUAUGUUGGAAUCAGUUAUUAUAUCUUAAUGCAUGCUCAAUCAUCCAGGAAAGGAAAUCCCAAAAAACUGAUUCUGUUCAUCUGGACAUAACGUUUCCAGUGGGAGAAAAGUUUGGUCACUUGGCCAUUCAUCAAUGGUUACUGAUCAACGCUCAUGACAAUUUGCAUAUUGUUGAAGAAACUGACCUCACAUACUAUUAUUCAUUCAGUGGGCUAGUUUCAGUUAUUGUGCAAAUGUACUGUUUAUAAGGUCGGGGGAAACUGCAGUCAGCUGAGACUGAAGAAGUCACUUGGAUGAGUGAUGUAAUGUUUCUCCCACUGGAAACUUCCAGAUGAACAGAAUACAUUUUUUGGCACUGUCAUUAUAAUUGUUGCUUUUUCAAUUUUGUUUUUAUUUCUAUACUUAAACAUUUUACAAUCCACCAACUUAAUUUCAGUUACAUUUUCAUGAACCUUUUUUUUUUUUUUUUAAUUUACUGCUGUUUGUGAAAUAAAGUGAGCAAUGUACACUAAACUUUCUUGUUUCAAGAAAUAAAAUAUCACUAACAUGAUGAAUGGAAACUUUUGUUAAGAGACAUUUAAAGUAGAGCAUUAAUGAUGAAAUUAAAAAAGUAAAACCCUAAAAACUGUCACGGCUGCCGGGGCGAGCCGUGUGGUGUUGGAGGAAAAGGUGCCAAAAUGCAGGCAAAAGACUGAUGAUAUGAGUGAAUGUUUAUUUACAAAGUGGCAGAGUGACAAAAACAGGCAAUGAGGCUUGAGAAGCUACUGAAGAAACCUAAACUGGGAAAACUAAAGAGCAAACCUGAAAUCAUAACGAACCGGGGUGAAGGGCAGAGAGACACAGACCAAAGAACAAAACACCAUGAAACGCAGACGAGCGGACAAAGAGUACACACCGACACCCACUAUAUAUACACACACACACACACUGUAAUCAGGCAAUGACACACAGCAGGGAAGCACAGAUGAUCCUAAUUCACAAGACGAUGGGAGGAUACAAGCUGAACACAGUGAUAACAGACACAGACCUUCAAAGUAAAACAGGAAA